AUGGACCUCCGCGUUUUUGAUUUCAAAGACGAAAUCAGUAACGUCUCGAGUCAAGCUGGUUCUGAAGCAGCCUUGGAAGAGAUGUUGGGUAAAGUUAUCAAAAACUGGAACGAGGCCGAAUUUAUUGUUGCUUCCUAUCGAGACGCCAAGGAUGUAUUUAUUCUGGGCACCGUCGACGAUAUACAAACAUUGCUAGAGGACAGUCAGGUCACCAUUGCGACAAUCAAAGGAUCACGGUUUAUUGGGCCCAUUCGCACAGAAGUGGAUAGAUGGGACAAGCAGCUGACUUUGUUUGCUGAAACACUGGAUGCAUGGUUGACGUGUCAACGGAACUGGCUUUAUCUUGAGAGCAUCUUUUCUGCUCCAGACAUCCAACGCCAACUUCCCGAUGAAGCCCGAAUGUUUGCUCAAGUCGACCGUAGCUGGAAGGACACGAUGAGAAAAGUCUAUCGAAAUCCCAAUGCCAUGAAAUCUGGCACGACACCCGGUCUAUUGGAAACAAUGGGGCAAAAUAAUGUCCUUUUAGAUCAGAUUCAGAAAUGUCUCGAAGACUAUCUGGAGAGCAAGCGGCUACUGUUCCCCCGAUUUUACUUCCUAUCAAACGAAGAGCUCCUCGAAAUCUUGUCCCAAACACGAAACCCGCAGGCAGUUCAACCACAUCUCAGCAAGUGUUUCGAUGCCAUUAAAUCUCUUGAAUUCUCUUCAUCGGAUCCAAAGAGCAUUGACAUUGCCGCGAUGGUCAGUCCCGAGGGUGAGCGCGUGCCAUUCCUGAAAACAAUCAAAGCCCGUGGUAACGUGGAGGCGUGGCUGGGAAGCGUGGAGGAAGGCAUGGUAGCCGUUCUCCGGCGGUUGAUUAAACAGGCAUUGGCAGAGUUUGAGGAUGCCAAGCGCGGGGAUUGGGUUAGAGAACAUGUUGGGCAGGUAGUUUUAACGGGAAAUCAGGUCUUGUGGUGUAGAGAUGUCGGCGAAUGUUUGAAGACAGCAGAUCCAGUCAAGAGUCUGGUGGCUUUCAAAGAAAAAUGUGUCCGGAAUCUUGCCGGCGUGGCCGCCCUCGUCCGUGGAGAUCUUACCCGCAUCCAACGGGGCAUUCUUGGUGCACUCAUCACGAUGGAUGUGCAUAAUCGCGACAUUUCCGGUGCUUGGUGUUGUUUUGAUGAGUUCAACCGUAUCGAUAUCGAGGUGCUCUCCGUUAUUGCUCAGCAGCUUUUGACAAUAAAGAAUGCAAAGGAUAUGAAAGCGACCAGGUUUAUGUUCGAGGGAAGGGAGAUCAGAUUAAUCGACACUUGUACAGCAUUUAUCACUAUGAAUCCUGGGUAUGCCGGACGUCAAGAGUUACCGGACAACUUGAAGGCGCUUUUCAGACCUAUUGCAAUGAUGAUUCCUGAUUACGGCCUUAUUGCCGAAAUCUUGCUCUUCUCGGAAGGAUUUGAAAAUGCGCGAGUUCUUGCCGGAAAAGUUGUAAACCUCUACAAACUCUGCUCUGAACAACUCUCCCAGCAGGAUCAUUACGAUUUCGGCAUGCGAGCCGUCAAAUCCGUGCUCAUCAUGGCGGGCGCCCUCAAGCGUACCAACCCAGAACUCAGCGAAGAAAUGGUUCUCAUCCGUGCACUGCGGGAUUCAAAUCUUCCCAAAUUCUUGGCUGAGGAUAUUGGCUUGUUCCGUGGUAUCCUUUCUGAUCUCUUCCCAGGUGUCUCCAUCGUGGAGCAGGAUUACGGUGCUCUAGUCGCAACGAUCAAGGAAGUGAUGAUUGAAAAGAAGUUGGAGGUUGUGGACAACUUUGUGACGAGAAUCUGCCAGUUGUUUGAAACGAAUAAGAUUCGGCAUGGUGUUAUGCUUGUUGGACCCACUGGAGGUGGAAAGACGACAUGUUAUCAGGUCUUGCAGGAAGCUUGUACUAGAUUGCAGGAGAGAGGAGAUGUACAGUUCCAGGCUAUCAAGACUUGGGUUCUUAAUCCAAAGUGCAUCACAAUGAACGAACUCUACGGAGAAUUCAAUCUGGCCACCAUGGAAUGGAAAGACGGUCUGAUCGGUUCCAUUUUCCGUCAACAAGUUCAGGACAACAGUGCUGAUGAAAAGUGGACCGUUUGCGACGGACCCGUAGACGCACUUUGGAUUGAGAACAUGAACACUGUCCUAGACGACAAUAAGCUCCUCACGUUGAUCAACGGAGAACGAAUCAAGAUGAAUAAUACUAUGCAUAUGUUGUUUGAAGUGGCGGAUUUGGCUGUUGCGUCUCCUGCCACGGUCAGUCGAUGCGGCAUGGUAUACAUGGAUCCUACCAACCUGGGCUGGCGGGCUUUUGUUCAAAAGUGGCUGCGUGAGCUACCGGAACAUGUUGGAACAGAGCUCAAGGAUAUGUUGUGGAGUUACUGUGACACGUACAUUGACAGGGGACUCCGCUUUGUACGAAAACAGUGUACGGAGUACGUCAAAUCUGUCGACCUGAAUCUGGUGCAGUCUCUGUGCAAGCUUCUACAAACCUUCAUCAACAAAAAGGAGGUCGAUUUUUCGCAGGCCAUUGGAGAUUUGAAGUGCUUAUUCGGCCAUUUGUUUGUAUUCUGCUAUGUAUGGGCCUUGGGUGGAAACCUGGCAGAUGGAUUCCAGGACAACUUUGAUACGUUUGUCCGAGACCAUUUCGACGCAAUCCCAAUUCCGGAUGUACAGUUACCGUCUUCCAACAACAUCUUUUGUUACUAUGUCGACCUCAAGACCAAAUCAUUUGCCCUUUGGGAUGACCUGGUGCCAGCCUUCAAGUACGCACCCGAGAUCCCUUAUUUCCAAAUGAUGGUCCCAACGACGGAUACAGUCAAGUACGAGUACUUUCUCGAAGCCCUCUUGUCGAAUGGAUACCCGACUUUGUUCACGGGUAACACCGGUGUUGGUAAAUCCAUUAUUGUCCAAAAUUUAUUGAACAGGUGCUCGAAACGAUUCGGAUGGGUCCCUGUGACGCUCAACUUUUCUGCCCAAACCAACAGCGCCCAGACGCAGCAGAUUAUGGAAAUUAAGUUGGAGAAGAAACGAAAGAAUAUUUUGGGUGCACCCACAGGAGCGAACAAGGUUGUCCUGUUUGUGGAUGAUUUGAACAUGCCCAAGCUCGACACCUACGGGUCGCAGCCUCCUAUCGAGCUCUUGCGGCAGUACAUUGAUUUCCACGGAUUUUACGACCGAGAGAAACUCAGCUGGAAAAUAAUCCAAGAUGUAGAACUAGUGGCUGCUUGUGCACCUCCUGGAGGCGGGCGCAACAACGUCACACCCCGUCUUCUCCGUCACUUCAAUCUAUUCAACAUUCCCGCGCCUAGCGAAAUGUCAUUAGGAAAAAUAUUCCGAUCUAUUGUGGAAGGAUUUCUCAAGUCCGGCUUCUCAUCUGAAGUGCGAGGUGUGAGUGAAGCCAUUGUGAACUCGUCCAUAGAGAUCUACCAUCGAAUGUGCACAGAGUUACUGCCUACACCCGCUAAAUCGCAUUACACGUUCAAUCUCCGGGAUCUAUCGAGGGUCGUUCAGGGCGUGCUACAGGCCCGUCCGCAGGUUAUUCAAGCCAAGAUGGACAUUGUGAAGCUGUUUUGUCACGAGUCCUCCCGGAUCUUUCACGAUAGGUUGAUUGACGAGGCGGAUAGAUCCUACUUUAAUCGCCUUCUCUCCGAACUGGUUGAAAAGAACUUUGGCGUGAGCAUACCCAAAGAAACUUUUAGCCAGAAACCAAUCAUGUUUGGGGAUUUUGGCAAGAGGGGUGUUCCCCCCGAAGAGCGACUCUACGUUGAGAUGAGCGACAUGAAGGCCAUGAACACGCUGUUGGAAGAGUAUCUAGAAGAAUACAACGUGACAAACAACAAAGACGUUCGCUUGAUCUUUUUCAUGGACGCCAAGCAGCAUAUUACGAGGAUAUCCCGUAUCAUCCGGCAACCUCGCGGCAACGCUUUGCUGGUCGGUGUCGGUGGAACGGGAAAACAAUCUCUGACCCGGUUGGCCUGUCACAUAUCCGAUUACCAGUGCAUUCAAAUUGAAUUGACGAGGACGUACGGACAAACAGAGUGGCGAGAAGAUCUUAAGAAAUUGUACCGAUUAGCAGGUUUGGAAGGUAAAAACACUGUAUUCCUUCUCUCAGACACCCAAAUCAAGAGCGAAACCUUCUUGGAGGAUGUGAACAACAUUUUAAACUCGGGGGAAGUCCCGAACCUCUUUGAGUUUGACGAGCGUGAAAAGAUUUUGGGUGAACUGCGGGCUGUAGCAAGAGAUAAGGGCUUACCCGAAGACCGAGACAGUGUAUAUCAGUUCUUCAUCAACAGGGUGAGGGAUAACCUCCACAUUGUAUUUGCGACAAGUCCUGUCGGAGAAACCUUUCGGACACGUUGCAGGAUGUUCCCUUCCCUUGUCAACUGCUGUACGAUCGACUGGUUUGAUGAGUGGCCCAGAGAGGCUCUCCUCUCAGUGUCGAAACGGUUUCUGGAGUUCGUGGAUUUGGGCUCAGACCAUAUGAAAGAAAAGAUUGCUGAAAUGUGUGUCGAGAUCCACGAGUCCGUUGGAGAGCUUGCGAAACGAUUUUGGGCUGAACUCAGGAGACGGUAUUACACCACCCCCACGUCCUACCUGGAACUCAUCAACCUCUACAUUGCCAUGUUGCAAGAAAAGAGGAAGGAACUUGGGUCCUCACGGGAUAGGUUACGAAACGGUCUAAAUAAACUCCUCGAAACCAAUGAGCUCGUCGCGAAAAUGCAAGUCGAACUUGAACUCCUCGGCCCAGAGCUAAAACAACGGGCUGCGGAUACGGAGGCGCUCAUGGUGAAGAUUGGAAAAGAUCAAGAAACAGCCGACGGUGUCCGGAAAGUAGUAUCGGAAGAGGAAACCAUAGUCCGGGCCAAGGCGACCGAAACAGAAGCCAUCGCCGCAGAAGCCCAGCGCGAUUUGGACGAAGCGUUGCCAGCUCUCAAUGCGGCGUACAAGGCAUUGGACUCACUAGACAAAAAGGAUAUUGCUGAGCUCAAGGUUUUUACCAAACCUCCCGAGGUGGUCUUAAUGGUCAUGGAAGCUAUUUGCACGCUCUUCAAAGUGAAACCCGAUUGGGAAAGCUCCAAAAAGCUCUUAUCGGACCCGCAAUUCAUGAAAAAGUUGCAGGAAUAUGACAAGGACAAUAUUCCCGAGUCGGUGUCCAAAAAGCUCAAAAAGUACAUCGAAAACCCCAAUUUCACUCCCGAGGCCGUCGAAAAGGUGUCCAAAGCGUGUAAAAGCAUGUCUAUGUGGGUGAUUGCCAUGGACCUAUAUUCCAGAGUGUUCAAGGAAGUAACGCCUAAGCGACGGCGGCUAGAAGAAGCGCAAGCAGCUUUGGAUGCCACGCGGGCUAAAUUGGCAGAAAAAGCGGCAGCUCUUCAAGAAGUCGAAUCCCAGCUGGAGAAACUCAAAGCCAAAUACGAAGAAUCCAUCGCGAGCAAAAAGGAACUUGCAGAAAAAAUGGAGGAAACAACGCGUCGGUUGGCUCGUGCUGGAAAAUUGACGACGGCUUUGGCCGAUGAACAGAUUCGGUGGGCCGAAUCUGUUGAAAAACUCAAUCAGCAAAUAGAUGAUUUGGUCGGGAAUAUUUUUCUUAGUGCGGCGUGUGUUGCUUACUUUGGCGCCUUUACAUCUACCUUCCGUACUGAGCUUGUCACAGGGUGGAUCAAGCGAUGUCAAGAGAUUGGCAUCCCCGUCUCAACAAACUUCAAUCUAUUGGAGAACCUCGCUGAUCCAGCUGUCGUCCGCGACUGGAAUAUUCAAGGACUCCCAGCCGACCCUCUCUCGGUUGAAAAUGGUAUCCUCGUCACUCGGGGUCGACGAUGGCCGCUCAUGAUUGAUCCACAAGGACAAGCAAAUCGAUGGAUACGCGCCAUGGAAGGAAACGACCUCAAGGUGAUCAAACUGUCCGAACCAAAGUUUCUCCGAUCCCUUGAAAAUGCCGUGAGAACGGGACAGCCUGUUCUCAUGGAAGAUGUUGGCGAGCAGCUUGAUCCAGCCCUUGAGCCUCUCCUGUUGAAGCAGACCGUUCGACAGGGAGGGAGAUUGCUGAUGAAGUUGGGUGAUUCAUUUGUAGAAUACGAUCGAAAUUUCAAACUGUACAUUACAACAAAACUCUCGAACCCGCAUUACCUCCCCGAAGUCUGUAUCAAGGUCACUAUCAUUAACUUCACCGUGACAAAGAUUGGACUUGAGGGACAACUCUUGGCAGAUGUCGUCCGUCUCGAACGGCCGGAGCUGGAGGAACAGCGCAACAACCUUAUCGUAAAUAUUGCUACAGACCGCAAAGCUCUUAAAGACAUCGAAGAACGGAUCCUGAAGCUCCUGUUCAACUCUGAGGGGAACAUUCUCGAUGAUGAAGAACUCAUCAACACUCUCAACCAAUCCAAAGUCACGUCCGCGGCCAUCAAAGAGCGAGUCGCACAAGCCGAAGUCACGGAGCGGGAGAUCAACACUGCCCGAGAAAAGUACCGACCCGUUGCAAUUAGGGGUUCGGUGCUCUACUUUGUUGUCGCAGACUUGGCCGGCAUCGAUCCCAUGUACCAGUUCUCGCUGAAGUAUUUCAAGAACCUAUUUAGCGGUUGCAUCCUCUCUUCGGAGAAAUCCGAGGACCUCCCAACGCGAAUCGGGAUUCUAUGCAAAAAUGCAACAUAUAAUACCUUUGCAAAUGUCUCGCGCGGGCUAUUUGAACAGCACAAGAUGAUUUACGCGUUCAUGAUUUGCGUCGAGAUUUUGCGGGAAAAGGGAGCCAUUGAUGAUUUUGAGUGGAAUUUCUUGUUGCGGGGUGGUGGUGCGUUGAUGGUUGCCGGGGAUAUUCCACCAAAGCCCAACGUCCGCUGGCUAUCCAAUACAAUGUGGGAGAAUCUAUGCGAUUUAGCGAGGUCGAUACCCGAUUUUGGGUACGCUAUUGAGCAUGUGCAAAUGUAUACGAUGGACUGGGAGGCCAUUGUUGAGUCGGAUACACCAUACAGUGUGUCUGUCCCUGGCGACGACACAGGGCAAUUAACAGAUUUCCAGCGACUGCUGCUCAUCAAGGUAUUGAGAGAAGAGAAACUCGUUUCGGCUUGCGUGGAAUUUGUCAAGCGAAACCUGGGCUCCGAGUUUAUUGAUAUUCCGCCCCUCGACCUCGCGGUUGCAUUCAAGGAUAUCAACAACCGUACCCCAUUCAUCUUUAUCCUGUCAACGGGGUCGGACCCUGUGUCCGCUUUGAUGAAAUUCGCCGCCUCAAAGGAGGUUAAUAUGCAGGACCGAUUGCACAUGAUUUCAUUGGGACAGGGGCAGGGACCUAUUGCCGAGCAAUUGCUGCGAAAGGCUAUUACGAAUGGGGAUUGGGUGUUUUUGCAGAAUUGUCAUUUGGCAGCUUCGUGGAUGGGACGGUUAGAGAGUAUUGUCAAAGAGUUCUCCAGUACGGACGCAACGGAUAUUCAUGAGAAUUUCCGGAUGUUUUUAUCGUCGAUGCCUUCGAAAGUGUUUCCGAUUGCCGUACUCCAAGAUGGUGUAAAAGUGACCAACGAACCACCAAAAGGUCUUCGGGCAAACCUCGCAAGAAGCUUUGCAGAUGUGUCGAGAGAUUUGUUUGAUGAUAGUCCACCGCAAGGAGUCAAGUUCCGGAAACUUUUGUUUGGAAUCACAUUCUUCAAUGCUGUUAUUCAUGAACGCAAAAAGUUUGGGCCACUGGGAUGGAACAUUUUAUACGACUGGUCAAAUUCGGAUUUAGAAGUUUCGAUUGCCAUCUUGAAAAACAUGUUGUCGGAGCAUCGAGGGAUACCCUGGGAAGCUCUGUCAUACCUGACUGGGGAGAUCACUUUUGGAGGCAGAGUGACAGAUGAUUGGGAUCGACGGACACUGAGAUCGAUUUUGAAUCGAUUUUAUUGCCCUGCGAUUUUGGACGAUGGGUACAGGUUUUCGCCCUCGGGCGUCUACUAUGCGCCGCCGGAUGGAGAUUUAGCAUCAUUUAGAGCGUAUAUUGAGCGAUUGCCUUUUACGGAGGAGCCUUCUGUCUUUGGGAUGCACGAAAACGCGGAUAUCAGUUUCCAAGUCCAAGAAACGCGCCGGUUGCUUCGUACAGUGUUGGAAGUCCAGCCGAGGGUGGUGUCAUCUGUUGCCGGUGGAACAUCUAGCGAAGACAUUGUAACGGGGAUAGCGAUGGCAAUCUUAGAAGAUUGGCCAGAGAUUCUGGUCAUUGAUCUUCCACCCGAGACGGAAAAAAGACCGAAAUCCGCAUCAGCGCGACCCCAAUCGGCAUUUACUGGCGAAGCCCCGAACCCCGUCCUACUCAACUUGUUCCAAAAAGAUGAAACCGGCCGUAUGCUAAAUUCGCUGUCGACUGUCUUGGCACAGGAAUCUGUGCGGUUUAAUAAAUUGAAUGGGAUCGUGAGGAGUUCGUUGGAGAAUUUGGUAAAGGCUGUCAAAGGUCUUGUUGUCAUGAGUUUGGAAUUGGAGUUGGUCUAUAAGAGUUUGCUCAAUAAUGAGGUGCCAACUGCUUGGUCCGCCCACGCCUACCCCUCCCUUAAACCGCUCGCAUCCUGGGUCAAGGAUUUCCACGCCCGAAUCACCUUCCUCCGAAACUGGAUGACCCAAGGCGAACCCACUUCCUUUUGGCUACCAGGUUUCUUUUUCCCACAAGGAUUUUUAACGGGCGUAUUACAGAACCAUGCGCGCAAGUACAAUAUUCCGAUUGACGCUCUGAGCUUUUCGUACAAGGUUUCGGAUUACGAAGGUGGGGAUGGACGGGCUUUUGAGGAGGGAGAGGGUGUGCUCGUUCACGGAUUGUUUGUGGAGGGGGCAAGAUGGGAUAGGGAAAAGAGACUAUUGCAAGAUUCGUUUCCCAUGGAAAUGUUUUCGACCAUGCCUCAAAUCCGCUUCACUCCUACUACCGCCCCAUCUCCAACCACCGGGUUCUAUACCUGUCCCCUCUACAAAACAUCCGCCCGAGCCGGCACACUCAGCACCACAGGCCAUUCCACCAAUUUUGUCGUGGCUCUCUCGAUUCCGUCCGAUCGACCGCAAGAUUACUGGAUUUCAAAGGGUGUUGCACUGUUGUGUCAGUUGAGUGAAUAAUGAGUAACCAUCCUUUGUACUGUAUAUAUGGAACAGAUUUUUUUCAGAUAAAAUUCAAAUAUUUAAG